CAGAUGCAUGUCAGCGUUCUCGGACUACAUAUAUAUAUUCGCAUAUAUUCUUGGCCAUCAAGCUAUUUUAAACAACAAACCACUUUUUUGAGCUUUGAAACUUUUGUUGUUUUCUUUUUUUGUUGUUGUUGUGUUUUUUUUUUAUUUCUAUAUUAAAGCAAAGUUCGACUUUACAACAUGAAAACAAACUGCAAAACCCCCUCACAGGAUCCAAAUAAACUAACAUCUGUGCCUCCAAGUAGUCUAAUUUAUUUUUGAAAGAGGCCUGCAGUAUCAAAGGCCUUUGUCUCAAUGACUCCGAGCAAUAAAAGCCUGUUUGGGAGCAGCGGGGGGAAAAAAAGAGAGCGAGAGAGAGAAAGAACACAGAAUGGUAAUACACAUGCCGCUGUGUGAUGUGGCACUGAGAAAAGUCUCACUGGGAGACUGAUGGGUAAUUAGACUGGGAGGGUGUGAGGUGGGAGAUGACUGCGAUGAAGAGCCUCACGGAGGGUAGAGGAUGCCCUCUAGUAGAGGUGAGAGGGGCAGCAUCCUCACUUAAAACAAAGUAAAUGAAGAAAUAGUGUAACAUCGAUAUAGAGGAGCAGCAUUAUCAUUUAACAUUAAGCUAAAAAUAAUAAUUAUAAUUUUCUUAUUUAAUUGUUUUAAUUUUUUAUGCCUAUUUUGUUUAUGUGUUUUUUGUUAUUUUUUGUUAUUAUUAUUAAAAUUUUUUAUUCUUUUUAUUUUCUUGAUUUUUUUUUCUUUUGGUUUUCAACAAACACAGCAUCGGCUCUUAUAUUUAAAUAUAUCUAUUUAUUUAUUCUUAUUCUUGUUUAAUGUUGAUGUGCGGGUGUAAAGGUGCAGUUGGUGUUUUUCCAAAUGAGAUUUCAUUCAAAUGAUGAUUUAAUGGCCUGUUUUUAUUUAUUUAUUUUAAUUUUUUUUAAAUCAAUUUAUGUCUUUCCUUUUUAAUUUUAUUCUUACAUUUCAAGCUAGAUCAUUUUAAGUGGAUGCUGCAUCAAUGUUAGCAACAACAGUGCAAUAUGAAAUAGAUAUUUCUAAAAAAAAAUAUAUGUGAUCUAAAAGCCCUUUUGCAACCGACAAAAAAUGGCCUCUGUGUGAUUUGUUGUGGUGUUGUUGUCACCGUGUUGUUAACUUCUCAUGAAGUUUAUUUUAUUUAACCCAACACUGCUGCGUAUCGGACUCUGUUAUCGUGUUUCCUUUCUAGGGUGUCAAUGAAGUGGAAGAAAACAUAAAAUGUCAGACAAUUAAUGAGAUUCAGAACAUUUAUCUUCAUCUCCUUCCUCCUCUUCUUCUUCUCUUGCUCCUGCCAGAAGAAAUUAAACACGAUUAAAAUAACUUGUUAUUCUUUUUAGAAUAUUAUUGUAAACUCGGGCGUAAUUUCGGCAAAUUCGCAAAAAAAAAAAAAAAAAAAAAGAUAAUUUUUAAAAAAUGUAAGGUUUCUUCUUUCUGCGUUGUGUGAAUGUGGUUUCGUUUUCUUCUAAUGAAACACGUAUGUAAUUGAUUUAGCUCAUCGUGUGCGGCCCAAAAAACCGGUGAAGUCUUUUUUUUUAUAUAUUUGUUGUUUUUGUUUUUUAACUCGAGCGACUUUCGUAGACUCGUUGUCUGCUGAAUGUAGAGUAUUUUUUUUUGUUUUUUUGUUUUUUUUGUUUUGUUUUGUUUUUUGGUGGGGACGGGGGGGAUUUAAAAGCAGAAUACCUGCUGCAGCUACACCUCGGCUUACACCUGCGCAACAGCUCUCCCCUGCGCCCGAAAUGAAACCCUACUCCUGCGCGUCCUACCUGACUCACCGCUCUCCGGUGACUCAGUGGCUCCGGCCCUUGAUGGGAGCUCAGUCCGAGACGCUCCUGUUUGGCGCACAUUGUCAAGCGCCGUAACUCAACACGGUCUGACUGGAAAUGACAACCUCCGACGUCAGGAGCGCGCUGCCGGUCCACGGGAACGGUGACAUGUGGGUACGUAUGCGGUUUACACGCGCGCCGCGUAACCCUCUCGUGGGGCUUGGGGGAGUUGUGUGGUGGUGGUGGUGGGGGGCGCAGAGACGACGCUGAACAAAACACGAUUGUCCGUGUUGUGGGGGGGCAGAGAGCGCGUUAGAGGCGUGAUAGAUCGCGGCGCAGCGCGGAGGGAGCGGAUCUGACUCCAGACACCACGUGUUGGAGUCGCAUCAGCGCAAUAAUUGCCGGGGCGCUUGGGCUAUAUAAACCACAAAAACGCCUGCGCACGGGGAACCCCGGCCCUCCGAACACUAACCACAUUCACGGCCGCAAAACGGGAUUCGAGUUUUUUUUUUUCUUCUUCUUCUUCUUCUUCUCCCUUCCCUCCUCCUUCAUCUCACCGGCGAUCAUUUCUUUUCUCUCUCUCGCUGCCUCGCUCUCUCUUUCUUUUUUCCUCCCUUCCCCAGGCUUUUUAACCCUAUAUACAAAACCUGCGUCGCGGCCGGAAGACCUCCAGAAAGAUUUGUUGAAUUUGCAGGCGUCGCGGGAUUAUAAAUAGGCUUGUUAAGUAUUGUUGAGGCGUAAUCUUUUCACUUUGAAACUUUCCUUCAUGUGUACAUAGCCUGCGGGUUUCCAGAGCGCCUUUCAGUUUGGCACAAAGACUUCAAUGACGCACCUGGAAGAGCGCUUUGACUUUUUUUUUUUCUUAAGCAAACGAAGGCAGACAAAAACCUUUUAGACCGUCUGGUUUAACUGUACAGCCUAGUAGCGCACUCGGAGAUUUAUUUGGUGUUAUUACAGUCUGAGCGCGCGCCUGCGUUAUGGCACGUGGAUUCCUCCCAGGAAAAGCUCUCGAUUUAGAAAAAACGCGUCCUUAAAGCCUUUUUUUUCUUUUUUCUCUACCCGCGGGAGAAAGUCUGCUUUGUAGUGGAGAGAGGUUUAGAGCUCUCAACCGAACCGAGGGGCAGCGAGUGUGAGAGAAAGCGGAGAGAGCCCGAGACAGAAAGAGGGAGAGAGAGAGCCCCCCUCUGCAGCGCCUUUCCGCUAAUCCACGGUGUUGUGAUGCGAAUUCCCGUAGAUCCCAGCGCCAGCCGGAGGUUCAGUCCGCCGUCCAGCAGCCUCCAGCCGGUCCCAGGGAAGAUGAACGACGUGAGCUCCCCGGCCGGCCAGCCGGACGCGGCGGCCGCGGUGCCGAGGCUGCGUCCCCCGCAUGAGAACCGCAGCAUGGCCGAGAUCAUCGCCGACCACCCAGCCGAGCUGGUGCGCACCGACAGCCCCAACUUCCUCUGCUCGGUCCUGCCCUCCCACUGGCGGUGCAACAAGACGCUGCCUGUCGCCUUCAAGGUGGUCGCCCUGGGCGACAUACCCGACGGGACGGUCGUCACGGUUAUGGCGGGCAACGACGAGAACUACUCGGCCGAGCUGCGGAACGCCUCGGGCGUGAUGAAGAACCAAGUGGCGCGCUUCAACGACCUUCGCUUCGUGGGCCGCAGCGGCAGAGGCAAGAGCUUCACACUGACAAUCACGGUAUUCACCAACCCACCGCAAGUGGCCACGUACCACCGAGCCAUAAAGGUCACCGUGGACGGACCGCGUGAGCCCAGGAGGCAUCGUCAGAAACUCGAGGACCCGCCCAAAACUGGCCUGUUCUCAGAGCGCCUUAGUGAUCUUGAGCGGAUGAGGGUGAGGGUCACGGUUCCCACGCAAACGCCCCGGCCAGCUCUCAACACCGCAGCCAACACCUUCAACCCGCAGGGUCAGACACAGAUUACAGGGUCGUCCGACCUGAGUCCGUUCCCCGGCCAGUUCGAGCGCCAGUUCCCGAGCCUCUCCUCCAUCACGGACAGCCGCUUCUCCAGCCCGCGUAUGCACUACCCGGCCACCUUCACCUACACCCCGCCCGUCACCUCGGCCAUGACGCUCGGCAGCGCCCACUACCACACCUACCUCCCCCCGCCGUACCCGGGCUCCACCCAGAGCCAGAGCGGACCCUUCCAGACCAGCAGCACGCCGUAUCUGUACUACGGCGCCUCCUCCAACUCGUACCAGUUCUCCAUGGUGCCCGGCGGCGACCGCUCGCCGUCUCGGAUGGUGCCGCCUUGCACUAGCGCCUCCACGGGCACCUCGCUGGUGAACCCCAACCUGCCCAGCCAGACGGAGGGCGGGGUGGACGGCGACGGGAGCCACAGCAACUCGCCGACCGUGCUGAACCCCGGCGGCCGCAUGGACGAAGCGGUCUGGAGGCCGUACUGAGGAAAGACCAGGGGGACACGCGGAUGACAAGUCAAGUGAUGUCGCGGUUUACAAGCACAAAACCCCCUUUUGUUUUUUCAUAUCAUGAAAAGGGGGAUUUCUUUCUUCUUUUGUUUUGGGGGGGGGGUCCUCUCCUCGGCUGUCUCCACCUUCUGCUUGGAAAUUAAAGCAGCGAUGAUGAUGAUGAUGACGGUGAUGAUGAUGACGAUGGUGGGGGAAGUGUGGAGGCUGUUGGGGAAAAAUGAAAUAAAAGACCAGACUUGCACCGACUUGUCUUCCUGGAAUGUGUUUGGACCGAGGCACUACAAAGGGAGCCAUUCUCACAGCAGUAAUGAGAAGAAAAGACACACACGCUAAAAACAAAACAAAAAAAACAAAACUAUUUUUGAUUCACCAAGCCCACGCAGACGGGACGUUGUUUCAGUUUUUAGGGCAGCCCCACCAGCUAAGGGAUGCUGCGUCGACGUUUGUAAAAGACUGCCCCCUUUUUGUUUGUUGGUUGUUGUUUUUUUUUACGCGUUUGUACUUUAUUAAGGCUUUUUUUUUUUUUUUUUUGCAGAGCAUGUUUUUGUACAAUAUGGAGAUGCAACCUAAGCACUGAGUAGCAGAUGAGAAGCGUGUGUUACCAAAAAGCGGCGUGGACAUUCAUUUUGCUCUAAACCAAUUAAUUUAACUUGUACAUUGUGGGUUAUGACGUUGAUGUAGAUUGAAGCGUUUUGUUAUUUUUUUUUGGUUUGUUUGUUUGUUUGUUUUUUCUCUAGUUUUAACUUAUAAAAGCCAUAAAUUAUGUAUUGUAUUUGAAACUUGAGUCAAAGAAGUGUAAUCUGAAUAUUUUUGAUGCAUCUAUAUGACUAAGUUAAUUUUAUCUUUGAUAGGUAAUUUAAAGAGUUUUUUUUUUUUUUUUUUGUCUUUGUUGUUGUUGUCGUUGCUGUAGUUGCCCCUCUCCCCACCCCUCCCUCCUCCCCGAAAAGAUUGAAUAAUAAUCGCUUGGAAUACAAAAUCUAAUUUCCGGAGAGUAUUGCAACAUGUUUUCUUCUGAUGUGUUAAAACAAAAUAAAGAAAUAAAUUUAAAAAUUCAGUGUAACUGCUCGACACAUUAGGAGGCCAACAUCUUCGGUAGGCGUCGACACACAUUUGGCUGGGAAUUAAACCUUUGGUAUUUAUUGAGCAAUAACUCGCAUCGUGCCUCUCGGCAACACGGCAUUAAAGCCAGCUUCGGUGGGGAAGAAAAUAAUUAUCCGUUUAUGGAAAUUUUCUCUUUUUUAUUUUUUAUUUUGUGCACUUACAAACUGCUUUUCCUGACAAUCUGAGAACAAUCGAAGCGAGUCCAAAGAUGGUACAAGUUACAGCAUCAGGUCAGACCCCUUUUUUUUUUUUUAAGGCUAAGUUGUUUUUUGUGAUACAUAAACUCCUCAGGACUGGAAUAAUCCCCGAAUGAAAUUAUCUAUAUGUGCUUCUCUUUCUCCCUGUCUCUCUCUCUCUCUCUCUCUUUUUUUUUUUCAUAUCCAGGCUGGCUAAAAGCUCACUCCAGAUUAUAGCUUCCACAGGCCAAGGUUAUUAUAGCUUUCAUAUCAUGUGCAGAAGAUGACUUUGAAAAAGUCUGGGUUGGUGUGUGACACACACGCAGGGAGUGAGAAAGAAAGAGAAAACAAGGAAAGUAAAAAAAAAAAUAAAAAAUUUAAACCAUGGCAUUCCUUCAGACAUUUAUUUAUCUACAGUUUUUUAAGAUUUAAUAUCUAACGUCCCAGCCUAAAACAACAUUCUCUUGCAGCAAUAGAAGGAGCAUCGAACCCAAAAAAAAAAAAAAAAGUGCUGGGGUUCAGGGGAAAAGUGCAAAAAAAACCCAACAAAAAAAAACGAGGUGAUUGGAUUCAGCUGCUGGCAGCAAACCGGUGACCAAAAAAAAAGAAAAAAAAAAGAAAGAUAAUAUGGGAGACUUGUAUGUUUGUUUGAUAAAAGCACUUAUUUCUUGUUUUAUUUCUAGCAGCACUCGCGGCCGGCUGCCAGCAGAGCUCGUGGUUUUGGGUCCUGAACGCGGCCAUCUGGGCCCAAACGGAUAACACUUGGCCAAAUACAUCUGAUCCCACCAAGACACUUGGUGUUUGUUUGAAGCAAAAAAAAAAAAAAAAAAAAAAAAAUUGAGAUUAUUGUAUUAUUUCGUGCCUUUUUGUUAUUUAAUGCUUUCAGGUAAUGUAGCCCCUUGCAUGUGUGUAAAAAAAAAAAAAAAAGAAGUAGAGAGAAACACGGGAUCAGUGGGUUCAAGCUUUUUUUCACUGAAGGUUUGCACGCGACCUCAGUUUCCAAACUCGCUUCGUGAUAUUGGAAAAAUGUCACGUCGCGUUUCCCCCUCUCCCUCACCCUCCCCAACUGCCUCGGCUCGCACAGCCGGUAAAAUAUCAAAAGAAACAAAAAGAAACAGAAGGGAGAUAUUUCCAACAGAUUUUAAAACACGGCCUUGUUAACAUUUGCUACCCCAUGUCUUGUAGUCUCUUUUUUUAUUUAUUUUUUUUUUUCACUUUU